GUCGUGUGCGCAGGGAAUGAUGUGUGAAUUGGGCUUGUCACUUGUAGAUAAACAACAGUCGCAUAGCCAAUGUUCGUUAUCGUCACUUCGUCACGCUAAGCUUGUAUAAUACAGUAAUAUACUGACUUGUACUCAUUUAAUAUCUACUAUCUAGAUUCGCUGGCAGUCUGGAGACCAGCAACCAAGUUCGUGCCAGGGACUGGCUCUGUCAGGCUUUCCGAGAUCAAAUACUCAAAAUUGGAGAGAAACCAGUCGAAUUGCAGACUUCAUUGUGUUCGGAUCUUACAGUUCAUAGAUACGCGAUCGCGAUCUUGGGAGUUAUCUUAAGACGCCGACGUCAUACCUUCAAGUAGUCACAGGGCUAUUUGCUAGUAAUUGAGUUCAUAUCGAGUACCAGACCCCAAAGCUAUUUUUAUGAUCCAUUCGUGGAAUGGAGAUUAUUUGGAGAAAAACCAGUCGAUGAUAUUACUUAUUUAUUCAGUGCAGACGCCCAAAGUCAAGGUGCUUACGCAUGCGUUCAGUGAAUCGUGUUUUUUGUCGUGUCGCAAAGAACUCGUAUCCGCAAUCUUCUUUCGGUAGUAACUAAUGCUCACACGUUAGUGAUAGUAUCAACACGACGCCUAGUGAUCGGAGUUUCGCUUGCAAACAUUUACAAUUCGAGAAGUGCAGCUACUGUAUUCUGUCUAAUCUAAACCCAUUUACUCUGUCGGAAAAAUCAGAUCCAAAAUCUGAACGUUUUUGUGCCGUGUAUGCUGCUUCAUGGGCAUUUACUGAGGAUCGCGCUCACUGUUCGCCAUAGAGCACUAUCCAUAGUCAAGUGUAUCUGACACACAACAAGUCAAAAAGGAAGUGGUUUAUCGUUUUUGUAUUCAUAUGCGAUAACUUACACUGCAUUAGUGAACGAGUGCAUCCAUAACAGAAACGUGUUUUUCAUCGUCUAUGUUAGUAUAAUUGGGAAAAAUUGUUGUUUUGCAUCUUUAGAAGGUUCAGAGAAUAUUUUAAUACUGGACUUAAACUGCAAGAUAUUCUGCUGCAACAUGUUUUGAACAGUUGGUUGAGAACCAUUUAGUCAAUUACUGUGCACAUUUUGAAAUGUGCUCCACAACCUCAUGAGAAUUCAUUACAUUCUGGACGCAAUCAACGACUAAGAGGAUAGAUAGAAAGGUGCAAAAUAUAAUACAUGCAAGAUGGCGACGAAUAUGCGACCUUUAAAAAUAACAACAGUAGGUGAUGGUAUGGUUGGAAAAACAGCUUUACUUAUUACCUAUACGCAAAAUGUUUUUCCAAGUGAAUACAUUCCGACUGUGUUCGAUAAUCACGCAUGCAAUAUUCAGGUGGACAGUAAAAGUUACAAUCUAACACUUUGGGAUACUGCAGGUCAAGAGGAUUAUGAACGGAUAAGACCGUUAAGCUACCCCAAUACUGACUGCUUCCUUCUUUGUUUUGCCAUCGAUAGUCGAACAUCUUUCGAUAAUAUCAAAAGUAAAUGGACGCCAGAAAUAAGACAUUUCACCACCAACAUUCCCAUAGUAUUAGUCGGUACCAAAUUAGAUCUACGAGUAGCAGGUUCCGAAAAGUUCGUGACAACAGCAGAAGGACGAAAAAUGCGGAAGGAAAUUAGAGCCUACUCUUAUGUGGAAUGUUCAGCGAUGAAGCAGGUCAACCUGUCCGAUGUAUUUGAAGAGGCUGUUCGAGCAGUUGUAAAUAAAACGCAUAAGCCCCGAACAUUUACAGAAUUGAAGUCUAUGUCGUUGAUUGACAAACGAAAGGUUAUGUGUAUGGUGAUGACAUCCUGUUUACCACAUAUCUAUGUAUUGAACACGCCAUUAGUAUGGAUAUUAUAAGUUCGGAAUGAACAUAUAAAUAUUAUAGUUAUUUUGCAUUUUAACUAGUCAACAAUUUAAGAAAAGGAAGUUAUUGUUUGGAAAAUUGAAAAUAAAGACGACUAUUAAUUAA